AUGCUUCCCAGCGCAGCGCGCCCAAUUCGCCAUGUCUCCCGUCUGCUAGGUGUUGCCAGACUCGCCGGUGUCCGGGCACAGUUGCCGAGACAGGUUGGUCGUGCUGGCCAUGCUUUCGCAUCCUCAGCAGGAAAGGACACUGAAGCCGGUCCCACGAGUGAAGGAGAGACUGGAGAAUCCAGGAAAGUGAAUGAAAAUGUCCAGUUCACAUGGAAGUCAGCAAUCUUCACUUGCUUCGUGGGUGGCUUCUGCAUAUGGUACUACGACUACCUGAAGGAUCGCAAGGAAUCAGAAUCCCGAGCCAUCACAACGCAGGAGCGAAUUGGCGUUCCAAGACUUGGUGGUUCCUUCGAACUGGUGGACAGGAAGGGCAACACCGUGACCGACAAAGACUUCUUGGGCCAGUACUUGCUGAUCUAUUUCGGAUUCACGUUCUGCCCCGACAUCUGCCCUCAGGAGAUGGAGAAACAGACACAAGCAGUUGAGCUGCUUGAAAAAGAGUUCGGGCCGAUUGCAACACCGGUCUUCAUUAGUAUCGAUCCAAAGAGGGAUUUGCCUGCAAUCGUAGACGACUACUGCAAGGAGUUUCAUCCGCGAAUUGUUGGUCUCACUGGCACACCCGAGCAAAUCAAGAAGGUGAGCCGUGCUUAUAGAGUUUACUACAACGAGGGCCUGAAGACAGAUGAUACAGACUAUCUGGUCGACCACUCCAUCAUUCACUAUUUUGUCGGCAAGAACGGGAAGUUUCUGGAUUUCUUUGGAAAGAAUAUGACUGCAAAGGAAAUGACCGAAAAGAUGAAGGGAUACAUUCGGCAGGAUCAAGAAAGUGCGAAGCAGCGAAAGCAGCGGCGCGGAGUAGAAAGUGCAGACGAGGAGUGA